AUGAACGUCGAUGAGCUCUUCAAAAAACCGUCCUCCGGAGGCAAUGCCAAGCGCAAGUUCGAGCCUCUCCAAGAUCCUAAUGAAGUCUACAAGUCCGCGAAGCUAGACUCGAAUGACGAUGCGCGGUCAAAAGGAAAGGCACCUAUAGUUGAGGACGAAAUAGACGAUGGCGAAGCAGGACCCGAGCUUCCUCCGGACUUCGACGAGGAGGAUGUCCCAGACGACGAGGAGGGCCGAUUCUUCGGAGGUGGAAUGGACAGGAAGACAACACAAGCCAUGGAGUACAUUGAUCAGCAAGAGGAAGAUGAGACUGCGCCCGAGAAGUUCGACUCCGCAUGGGUGCGCCGCUUUGCAUUGAACUUUGAACGGAAGAUCUCGAAGAAUGCUGAGCUGCGGGCGAAAUUCGAAAGCGAUCCUCAAAAAUUCAUGAUAUCUGAGGCCGACCUCGACACUGAAAUCAAGGGCUUGUCGAUUUUGUCCGAGCAUUCGGAGCUCUAUGAGGAGUUUGCGAAGAUGGGAUGCGUUGGGUCUUUGAUCUCUCUCUUGUCACAUGAGAAUGCCGACAUUGCAAUUGAUGUCAUUCAAAUUAUCAAUGAAUUAACAGACGAGGACGUGGAAGCCGAACAAGAACAAUGGGAUGCUUUAGUGAACGCUAUGAUGGAAGCCGAUCUCAUUGAAUUAUUGGCACAAAACCUCUCGCGACUGGACGAAGCAUCGGAGACAGAUAGAGCGGGAGUGUACUAUGUGCUAGGUGUACUGGAAAACUUGGCUUCCCAGACUUCGCACGCCGAGACAAUUGGACAGGAUGGUUCAAUUCUGCCAUGGAUUAUCUCCCGCAUCCAGAAGAAAGAAGCCGUCGUUAAUCAGAACAAGCAAUACGCCGCCGAAAUAUUGGCGAUUCUUCUGCAGUCAUCACCAAAGAACCGCUCCAAGUUCAUCGAGCUAGAUGGUAUCGACGUUCUUCUCCAAUUGCUCAGUGCCUACAGGAAGCGCGACCCAGUAAAGGACUCCGACGAAGAAGAAUAUGUCGAGAACCUGUUCGAUGCUCUUGUCUGUCUUGUUGAAGAGGACGCAGGCAAGGAAAAGUUUGUGGAAAAUGAAGGAAUUGAGCUAGCGUUGAUCAUGCUCAGAGAAGGCAAGUUCAGCAAAUCUCGCUCUCUGAGAGUGCUUGAUCACGCUUUAGGUGGAGCCGGAGGAGCCCCAGCAUGUGAGAGACUGGUGGAGGCAGCAGGCCUGAAGACUAUUUUCGGAAUGUUCAUGAAAAAGCAAGAGGGACAGAAUAUUGAGCACUUCUUGGGGAUCUUCGCCUCUCUUCUGCGUCUCUUGCCUGGUGGCUCAGCGCCACGUAUCCGGACUCUAGCAAAGUUCAUGGAGAAAGACUAUGGAAAGAUCGAGAAGCUGGUCAAGCUGAGGCGCGAGUACGCCGCGCGUGUCUCGCCUGUUGAAGAGGCUAUCGCGAAAGAGCGCCGAACCUUUGAUAAGGAAGAACAAGAAAUGAUGGCUGCCGAAUGGCUCUCAAAGCGGUUUGAUGCUGGUUUGUUCUCAUUACAGACUAUCGAUGUUAUCUUGGCGUGGCUUAUUGCUGAGGAUGAUGGAGCCAAACAGAAGAUUCUUGCACUUCUUGCAGAGCGUGAUGAAGACCUAUCUCUGGUCCGUAGCACACUACAGGAACAACUCGAAGGACUAGGGGAGGAGGAGCCAGGUCAGAAAGACUUCAAGGAUAUGCUUAGCACACUUCUUCAGUUUGUUUAA